AUGUCGGAUAACGAUAAUGUAGAUGAGGCGCAUGCUCUGUCAGAAUCAGAAGCUCAGGAUGUCCAGCACUUACGAGAAAUCGCUGGUGGAAUAGGUUACUUGGAUGCACUCAAGCUUUUGGAGGAAAGCUCUUGGAACUUGGAACGUGCCGUACAUAAACUAAUGGGGUUUGAAGACUCUAGUUUGAGGCAGAGAAGUACUGCAUCACACGCUUCGUCCGUGCCACAGGUUGAGUUGGUCCCUCCAAAUCAGCGAAUACUGAGGUCACGAAAUAGCACUCACACAUGGUUGUGGUCUACUGCUUUGUUUUUACUUGAACCUAUUCGAAUGGGAUGUAGCUUUUUCUUUGGAAUCGUCAAAUUUUUCGCUUCGUUCCUUUGGUCUGAUCCUCGGAAUCAGGUUACAGAUCCUGCCGGUGAUGUAACAAAAUUUAUCCAGCACUUCAAAGAAACCUACGGACCUGUGAAUACUAGUUUUGACGUUGAUGGCAAUUCAAAUCCAACUGAAAAUUCUACUUCUGAUUCAUUUCCACCUUUCUUUGAGGGAACUUAUGCCGAUGCUGUUCAAGAAGCUAAACAAAGUUUACGAUUUCUAAUUGUUUAUUUACAUGGAGAUUCACAUGAAGAUACUCAUCGGUUUUGCAAGGAUAUUCUUCAAUCGGAAGAUGUUUUACGGUUUCUUAGAAAUCCCAAUGAAUUAUUAUUUUGGGGUUGUAAUAUUGAGUCUCCUGAAGGUUAUCGUGUAUCACGAACUCUUCGAGAGCAUACAUAUCCGUUCAUCGGAGUCAUUGGCUUGACUAAUAUGCCAAUUUCGGAAAGUGGAAUCUAUACCGGGAGUAGCACACGAAUGGCGUUACUAGGGCGUAUAGAAGGCGUAUUAGAAUCAUCAGAACUUGUUAAUCAGUUAAAUAGUAUACUGAAUGAACAUCAAACAGCUAUAAUAACAGCUCGAUUAGACCGGAGCGAACGAGAAAUGAAUGCUCAAUUGAGGCGUGAGCAAGACUUAGCUUAUGAGGCAUCACUUGCUGAGGAUCGAGCUAAAAUGGCUGCUCGAGAGGCACAGCAACGAAGUGCUGCUUUAGAAGCGGAACAGCUAGCCAAAGAUGCAAAACGAAAGGAGGAUCUACAAAAAGCUCAUAUUAAUCGCAAGCGUAUAUGGAAAAAUAGGUUACCACCACCACCUAAGUUUGAAGAGGGAUCUACGGUACAGUUGUCAUUCAAAAUGCCACAUGGUUCCAGAGUUUCUCGCAUCUUCAACUUAAAUGAUUCUAUCAAGCUGCUCUACUAUUUCAUAUUAUCUCAGGAUGAUUCACCAACAGAAUUCGAAGUGCAAUCCAAUUUUCCUAAACGUAUUAUACCAUGUCAACCAUUUGAAGAAUCUGAUGUGGAAGACUACGUAAAUACUCCUGAUAAUAAGAUGGAUUGCGAUGAGCCUGAAGUGAUUACAGAUUGGUCUCCUAAAUGUCAGAAUGAUCCACCAUCAUUUUUUGAUAUUGAUUUGACAAGACCAGAAAUGUUGUUCGUUCUCAACAAGGAUGCAUGA